UCUUCUGCGCCGAUUACACGAAAACCUCACCUGGCUCACCGGAAGUCUUUCUUAGCGGGUGCUCCCCCGCCGGGCUUUUUACUCCUUCUUUCCAGAAAUGAGCUCAUCCGCCAGCAGCCGGUAGCGGUCACGUGAUGUCAGGAUGCCUGGAUUCCCACCUUCAGAGCGCCAUGGUGAUGCCAUCCCCACCACUGAGGGAAGUGGACAGGAAGUGAGGGAUAUGGAGCAGUUCCUGGAUCUGUCAGAGUCUCCUAUUCAUCCCGCCUCCUAUCCACUGGAGCUGAAUGGAGAGGAAACCCAGCAAGCGGACGGCAGCUGGAGCCAAGAUGAAGAACCUCAGGGAUGUGGACAAUUGGAGAGGAGGUGGUUCCUCUGGCAACAGUUUAUGAAUGAACACGCCCAACUGGACACCUGGCUGCGAUUUGCCGAGCAGGCCGUCGGUUCCCCUCACCCCGCCCACCUUACCCAUGUCACUGCCAAGGAAGUAAUGAGGAAGUUUGAGAGGCUGCGCUGCGAGGCCGUGCCUCGGCUCGUCCAGCUGGACAGUUUGACCCAGAGGAACCGAGCACUGACUCGGCUGUUUCAGGGCACCAUGCAGGCUCGGCUUCUGGCGUCGGCGAGGGACUGCGGACAACGAUGGGACGACGUGAACACUAAACUGGAAGCCAUCACUGAACGGUUGAAGCACUUUGUCGCAGAGUGGGAGGGGUUUGAGGCAGAGAGGGAGGAGCUUGCUCUCCGGUUGGCUGAACUGGACGUCCGCUUGACCGAGGUGGAUCACCUGACGGGAAACACCUGCGAAAAGUUGAAGCGACUGCAGGGUGUGUGUGUGUGUGUGUGUGUGAACUCGGGCCGUGUGAACGUCCUGCUGCAGCGCGGCGAGGCCUUGAUCCAGCGCAGCGAACCGGCUGAUGCUCAGCGUGUGGAGAGUCGCCUGCUGGAGCUGCUGCGGAGCUGUAGCCUCGUAUACAGCAACAUCACACGGACGCACACGCGGCUGCUGAGCAUGAGACUGGUGUUUGAGGAUGACUGGAUUCUGUCUCAGGCUACAGACUCUGGUUGCCCAUCAGAGACUAUAUUAGAAGAAGAGGGAGCACUUGAUUUAACUCACCUGGACCUCCCUGUCUUUCCAACCCAUUCCAAAGCUUACACCGACCUGGCCUUCUCCUCACCCGUUCACCUCCCUCCUCCUCCAUCCCCAGUCUCCCCUGCCCAUGAGCACCUAGGGCUGGAGUGGGACUCGUCCGUUGAUAUCGGACGCUCUGUCUCCCACGAUGACGCCGACUCGUUGUAUUUCAGUGCCAGCAAAGGUCUUUGUCACAGAGAUGGUGGGAAGAGGGUGAGCUACCUCAGCUUGCUGGGCUCUCAGACUCAUAGCAAUUACAUCACCAAUCAGGAAGCAGACCUGCGAUUGGAGGGCUGGCUUGACCACACCCACCCCAAUGUCCCCUCACCAGUAGCAACCCAGGGGGGCGGGACUCGGCCAAAAGGACAACAGUGGGUGACCUCGACUCCUGACAGACAGGACGGUGAGCCAGUCUACUUUGACGGCGAACGUGUGAGGGCGUGGCUGGGUGUCCAAGGGCCCGCCUCUCUAGAGAGGACGACUUCCUGUUCCAAAGCUGUGCAGACUGCCGGGCAGUUGGAGUGUCACCACAGAGUCUCACCCGACCAGUUGCCUCCUCACCUCGACAACACACAACAGCCUUUUCCUGACCCCGCCCCUUGUUUGUUACGUCAAAAAAAAGCCUCCUCUGAUUGGGUGAAGCAUCACUAUGGAUCAACUUUCCAGGCUGAAGAAGAGCAGUCCUGUUGUGAGGAAGCUGAGCGUCUUCUCUCCGAACAAAGUGGGACCUCCAGCAGCAGGCCUCCUUCCUGCCUGCCCUGCCCAGCCCUCCUCUGCCUCCUCCUGGCUGCAGCUUUGGCCCUCCUGGCCGGUCUGAUCUUGGUCGUCCUGGUGCCGCCGUGUCGAAGCUUCCACCUGACACUGAGCUACGUCAAUGGACCCCCGCCUACAUGAAGACCACCCAGAGGCCCUCGGGAACACCUGGCUUGUAUGGCUGUUUAUGAAAAUGUAUAACAAAACCUUCUAAUUAACGCUGUAGAAACACAGCGUUAACGCUGUAGAGAUGAAGUAAACA